UAUAUGCGCACUAGUUCCAACCGUGUUCAGCCAUCAGUCUGUUCUCGGUACAGUACUCGGAGAAGGUUGGCACCGAAGUCUCUGAAAGGGCGCGACAGCAAGAACAUUGGCAACACUAUGAAGACAACAGUAGUUUUGGCGCUCUUGAGUCUUGUAUCCGUGGAGGGAUGGCUUUUUAGCGAAGAUGCUGAGUGGAACGAUCUAAGAGUGACGUGGGGCUUGAACCAGCUGUUCAGCUCGACCGUGUUCGACUCCCUCCCCCGUACGGAGAGUGACGCCCUGGCGGAGGGGUGGGUCGACUUCAGCCGUGGUGCCAAGUGUGAUGACAGCUUCUACCGCGGGUCCCGUUACAUCAAGGACAACGACCCCGCGGUCAUGCUGCUGUUCGACAAGAACGGCUACGUCGCUGGUAUUCAGAUGGGGGCACUUAAAGCCGAACUACCUGCCGACCUACCGUCUGACGCCAUGAAGAACAUGUGGAACGACGACGGUGACAUGUACGUCAUUACGGCCUACUUUGUAAACCCAGCCACUGUCUGCACCGGCCGCUCGGAGGCGCUGUUUACUCUGGAGGGUACCGGCGAGGGUCUGUACAUCCAGAACGGCCCCAACCCGCAGUAUGACUACGAUCUCAUCCCUCGGGACGAGGCUGACAUAGGCACGACUCUGUGGACCCAGGGAGAAUGCUUCUACACCAUGGGCCAGCACUACUGGUACAACGUCACGGCGGACAUGUCCUGUGAAGACUUCUUCCCAGUCUUCCUGCUGUACAACUCCGGCAGGCUGAACGGAUUCGGCUGGAACAUCAAAGCCUACCUGGGCAGUCCCCGCUACGAACACCCGACAACCGACGUACUUGACAUGUUCUUCAAGGUUAUCCCGGAGUGUUUCUUUGCUGAAGCCGACCCCAGGGGAGCCACCACACAGCACAUCUACAUGGACAGUUCACCAAGCUUCAACUUCUGCUAGACAGCAUUGUCCCGGGGUACAUGUGACACCACAGCCUGACUGCAACCAACACACAUAGGACCCUGCUUACGGCUCCUAUCUGAAGAAGCACAUAGCUAGCUUAGACAUUCACAUUACGGAAAACCAUCAAUUCCUACAGCUAACUACAGUCUGGAUCCAUUUCACCCAUUUUCUUCUGUGGAACGUACAUGGCCAAGGACUCUGUGCCUUAUCAACACUAAUCUUUGAUGGUGUAGAAGCUAUUCAAGCAAUAAAUUAUUCACCAUCCACAAAAUGA